CAACCCUUCUGGAGAAGUCACAAAGCUGAGAAGACGGUCGGGUGCAGCCAAUACUACUUUUUUGUAAGCUGAACUGCACAACCAACAGUAUUGCUGGGGAAUCUGGAUUUGGACACUGGUUGCAUAAAGAGGACAAACUGGAUAUAGCCCUGAAUAAAAUGUCAACAUUCACUGUAGGAAAACCACAGCAUAACAAAAAUGAUACUAAGAACGCUUCCCUUGCGAUGAAGAGCAGACAGCAAGUUAUUAAUGAGGUCAAUAAGCGAAGAACCCUUUUGCAAGAUAAUAGCUGGAUAAAGAAAAGGCCUGAGGAGGAAGGCACCAAUGAAAACUAUGGCAAAGUGGUUCUCAAUCAGUAUAAAUCACAAGAAAGCUUGCACAGGAACCUAGACGGGGAGGAUGAUGAGAAAGCUAUGCUUAAUCGAUACAGAUCUGAUACUACUUUAGACAGGAUUCCUGGCAGAAGUGAUACCAAUAAGGUAAACACCUCACCUAUCUUAGACAGCAGGAUAAAUAAGAGGUGCCAAGACAUAGAUGAUUUUAUCAAAGUGAAUCCUACCUCUAAAUGGGAAGAGAAGAGCCAUGACUUGGAGAGUCUGAUUGAAGUCAAAGAUAAUAACAGCAAGGAGGGAAACAAAGACCUGGAUGACUUUAUCAUAGUGAAUUGUACAUUUGAGCCGUGUGACAGAAGAUCCCAAGACCUAAACAAUCUCAUCGAAGUGAACCAUAUGUCUGAUCAGCUUAGAAAGGACGGAUAUCAGGAUGUGGAGGAUCUCAUUGAAGUGAGUCCUAUAUCAAACCAGAAAGGCAGACGCUCUGAUCUGGACAGUUUCAUUGAAGUCAAAGAUCGAAACAAUCAAAGGGCUAUUAAUGACAAAGAAUUGUGUACCUAUUGCCGGAAGCCAUUGGGCACAGACACUAAAAUGAUUCUCGAAGCUCUCCAGAUUUGCUGUCAUGCAACUUGCUUCAAGUGUGAAAUCUGCAAAGCAAGUUUAGAAAACCUGGAGGCAGGAGAUAGUAUCUGGAUUUACAAGAACAGAGUGCACUGUUCACCAUGUUAUUCUAAAGUUAAAGCCACAUGGACUUACUAAUCAUUAAUGAACUCUGUUCAAACACGUGCUCAGAUAUUCCAGCUAUCUUUAUUUGUAUCUUAAAGUUGUAUUUUUUUAGAAUAAGAUAUUUCAAAAAUUCACAUUUGGCAUUUGAGCAUAAAAUAAGAUCAUUUCUAAAUGAAAAAUAAUAUAUGUAUUUAGCGUGUUCCUAGAUGUUUUCAUUGUUAGCAAGAGAAAUGUCUACGAUUGUAGCAUUAAUAUUGAAUAAGGACACAAAGUGUUGUACUGUAAAUACAGCGUAUGAAGAUAGCUAUCUCUGCUUAGCAUAUUCCAUGUUGUGUUCAUGCAUUGAAAAUUCACAUAUGGGUGUUCAUCAUAUAGCUAGAAAUAUCUUCUUUAGCUGCAGCAGUUCUUAAAAGAGAGAGAUUUUAUAACUUUAGCUGGGACUGUUGAUUUUGAGAGGAACCAAAUCACCACGAAAGCUGCCAGAAAACAAAGUGAAGAGAAAUCAAGUGGAGUCCAUGUGUUUAUGAACCAACGUUUUCCUAGAUGUUGAGUCUGCUUCACUUCACUUCCAUUCAUACUGUAGCUCUGUGGAAGAGAACAUUGGGGCUCAAUCUAUUCUCCAAACCACCUGAAAGCAGGACAAGAAACAAUGGAUGGAAACUUAAUCAAGGAGAGAACCAACCUAGAACUAAGGAGAAAUUUCCUGACAGAUUAAUCAAUGGAACAAGUUGCCUCCAAAAGUUACGGGUGCUCCAACACUGGGGAUUUUUAAGAACAGUUUGGGCAACCAUUUGUCCCUUAUGGGAUAGAGUUUCCUAUUUGAGCAGGGGAAUUGGUCGAGAAAACCUCCAAAACUGCUAUUCUGUUGUUGCUUGCAAGACAAUCCAUCUGCUGUCUGCUCACUUUUACACAUUGUACUCAAUUUUCUUUAUAGAGAUUGUCCCUGUCUAAAAUUAAGUCAAUAUAGCAAUGUCAUCUACAAUGUAAUAUCAAAAGGCCAAAAUUGCAGGUGCAACUGUGGAUCCAAGUCCUGCCUUUUUAUAUAUUUUUCUGCUAUUGGUGCAUGUACAAAGGUGUAGAGCUUUGAUCUAAACCACCUACAUUUUUAGUUGCUUUAUUUUAGUCACUCCAUUGAAGAUGGUAUUGCGAUGUAUGGUCUUCUACUCACAUUUUAGUUAUAUUAUGCUAAUUUGAAAAGGUCAAGUCAGGUUGUUAGCAUUCUGAUGCAAUCAUUUAAAGACACAGAUAUGGGAAAAUAGGUACACCCUCAUAUGAUCUGCAGCCAAACA